UCCCUGGUCCGCGGGCGGGUGUCCAGCCUGCGGAGCCGGCCCCGCUCCGCACGGGGCCGCGGCCGGGCCGGCAGGGAGCCGCACGCCCUUGCCCCAGGGGAGCCGGCACUGUCCGGCGCGCCGUGUUUGUUUAGGGCCGGCUGAAUCCAAUCAGGGCUUGCUGCGCGCAGCUUUCCGGCCGGGCGGCCCGAGGCGCCUCCUCUCUCCUUCUUAUACAUCAGCAGCCGGCGGGAGCCCCGGACUCGGGCUGCCUGCGCUCGCCUCCCAGUUGGAUUACAGGCUCCGCGCCCCGACGCCGGGACCCCCAUGAGAAGUGAUCGCAAGAGCGGCUCCGAGGGACCCGCAUGGCCCUGCCCGAGGCCGGCUGGUGCGUGCUGAAGCCCCGCGCCGCGGAGCCCGCCCCGUCCUGCCGCUGCUCGCCCUGCAAGACGCCGGAGCGGCCGCCGCCGCUGCCCGCCUGGGACGACGUGGUGCUGCUGGCGGAGCUGGAGCCGGGCAGCAAGCUUCUGUGGGCCGGGCGCGGGCCCCGCCGCAGCCCCGAGCAGCCCGAGGACAUGUACCAGAGCCUGGCCCCGGCGGGCGGCGCCUACGACGGCGCGGCCGGCGGCUUCAUGCACGCGGCGGCCGGCUCGCCCGUCUACGUGCCCGGCAGCCGGCCCGUGGGCUCCGUGCUGCCCGGCCUGCCCUACAUGCAGGGCGCGGGCCAGGCUGGCCACCCGGGCGCCAGCCACGCCGCCUGGCCGCAGCCGGCCGCCGACAGCCCGGCCUACAGCCCCGGCGCCGGCCCCGCGCACCCCUCGGGCCGCUUCGCCUACUCGCCCAGCCCGCCCGCGGCGCGGGAGCCGGCGGCCUACGGCGGGGGCCUGGGCGGGCGCGAGCAGUACAGCCCGCUGGCCCGGCCGCUCGGCGGCUCCUACGCCGCGCACUACCCGUCCUAUGUGGGGCCGCAGCUGGCGCCUGCCUGGCCCGCGGGGCCCUUCGACAACUCCAUGCUGCACUGCCUGCAGAGCCGCGCCGCGCCGCUGCCCGUGCGCCCGCCCAGCGCAGAGCUGCUGGAGGACCUGUCGGAGAGCCGGGAAUGCGUGAACUGCGGCUCCAUCCAGACCCCGCUGUGGAGAAGGGACGGCACCGGCAACUACCUGUGCAACGCCUGCGGGCUCUACACCAAGAUGAACGGCCUGAGCCGGCCCCUCAUCAAACCCCAGAAAAGAGUGCCUUCAUCAAGGCGGCUUGGUUUGUCUUGUGCCAACUGUCACACCACAACCACCACCCUGUGGCGUCGGAAUGCAGAAGGCGAGCCAGUAUGCAAUGCCUGCGGCCUGUACAUGAAACUUCAUGGGGUUCCUCGGCCUCUUGCAAUGAAAAAAGAAGGAAUUCAGACUAGGAAGCGAAAACCAAAGAACAUAAAUAAAUCAAAGGCGUGUUCUGGUAACAAUAAUAAUGCAGUUCCUAUGACUCCAACAUCCACGUCUUCUACUAACUCAGAUGAUUGUAGCAAAAAUGCCUCUCCUAGCGCACAAUCUGCAGCCUCAGGGGCAGGUUCUUCAGUGAUGUCUGGCCCUGGAGAGAGCACCAGUCCUGAAAGCAGCACACUCAAAUAUUCAGGUCAAGAAGGGCUGUAUACAGGAGUCAGCCUGACCUCUACAGCUGAAGUUACAGCAUCUGUGAGACAGGAGUGGUGCGCAGGAUUCAGUGCAAGUUGAGCUGGAUACCUGCACAGGGCUGCAGCCACUAGAUGUCCACAUUUUUAUUUCAUUUUGUAUUAAGGAGCAGUCAGAGCAGCAGUGAGAGUGCUGGCAAGAACUUUCCUCUGACACUGUCUUUGUGCCUUGCUGGUAGAGGUGUUUCUCCAAAGAAGCUCUGCCUACAUAUCCAGCUCCUCAUCUAUGCAAGAAAAAAUGAGAGAAAGUGAAUCUCUACCAAGGGAAAACUAAUGCAGCCAAAAUGAGAACCUAGAGUUAUUGAUAGGCUCCAGAAAUACAUCUACAGAAUAUGCAGCAAUGCUGCCUUUUAGAUUGCAUAUUUGUUUCACCAUCUCCCCAGGAUUUGAUUGGGAGGGAGAUAGCAGAGGCUUUGAUUAUAAGGGAUAGUGAGAAAAAAUUUUAAAAGCAGUAAUGAGUGUAUUGCUUGACCCAGUGCACACACCUUGAACAAAGCAUGUGAUGCCCUCUCCCAGGUCAGUUCUCUUGUUAGUGCUGUCUGUAACCAGUAUGUAUGCCUGCAUUGCUCUGUCAUUUUCCUAUAGCAGAGUUCAAAUAUACCCAUGGAGGAAAUCACAGUGUUUGGUACAAGUCUCUCCAGGUUGAGUCAGCUAAUGAGAUCUUUUGUUUAAAAUAUUUACUCACUUUACAAGACUGCAUUAUAACUUUUAACGUACACUGUGACUGAGGUUUAUGAAAGUUCAUGUUUUGUGACUGAACUGUACUUAGUCAGAAUUUGUAAACAGGGUAGCAAUCAGAUAUUUUUCUUCCAUAUACAAUAAUUUUUUUUUAAAAAAAAGAAGUGCAAUUUGCGUUGCAGCAAUCAGUGUUAAAUCAUUUGCAUAAGAUUUAACAACAGUUUUUAUAUGAAUGAAUGAAUGUAAACAUUUUAACUUAAUGGUACGUAAAUAAUUUAAAAGAAAAAAGUAAACUAGGCAUCCUUAUACUUUUUUAUUGCAACAUAAACAUCCACUUUCUGUAUUUGUAACUAGUAAAACCAAAGUUUCAAGAACAAGCCUUCUCUCAGGAAAAUUGCCCUCUCCAUUUGCUCAUGAGUUUUGUACAAUGCAAAUGCAUAUUGUUUUGCCAUUAAAUAAGUAUGUGCUGGAAAGAAACAAAUAGCAAUGAAACUUUACUACCUAACUGAUACAUAUGUAAAUACUCCAUAAGAUAUUUAGGCAUCUUUAAGAGUUAGGAUGCAAUCUGUAUAGUGUGACUGACCCAUAGUUAGGUUGGUUUACAUUUUUUUUAAAUGGGAUGCCAUUUGGAAAGUUGUUCUUUCAUCAGAGCUUUACAAAUAAAAGGAUAUUGUUUUUUUUCUGUAAAA